UGUCCCGCCUAAAGGCCCCUCCUUCCCAAAAUGGCGGCGUCGGCGCUGAAGGUCGCCCUGGUCCCCUACAUCCUCCCCGAGCGCUGCUACGAGGAGCUCGUCGUCAACCUCAACCUCCUGCACGUGCCCUGCCUGAAGGCCUUCCUCAGCAAAGCCCUCGGACUGGGCGUGGUGGCCGGUUCGCUCGUGGUGAAGAUGCCCCAGAUCGUGAAGAUCCUGGGGGCCAAGAGCGCGGAGGGCCUGAGCUUCCAUUCCAUCCUGCUGGAGCUGGUGGCCAUCAGCGGCACCAUGGCCUACAGCCUCGCCCACGACUUCCCCUUCAGCGCCUGGGGAGAGGCCCUCUUCGUCAUGAUGCAGACGGUGUCCAUCGGCUUCAUGGUGCAGCAUUUUGGGGGCCACACCAGGCGUGGGCUGGCCUUCCUCUUCAUCUACCUCGCCCUCCUGUCUCUCCUGCUCUCCCCGCUGACUCCGUCCGUCCUGGUCACCACGCUGCAGGUGUCCAACAUGCCCACUGCGGCCACCGGCAGGCUCCUUCAAGCAGCCACCAACUACCAGAACGGGCACACCGGCCAGCUUUCGGCCAUCACAACUUUCUUGCUCUUUGCUGGCUCCUUGGCACGCAUCUUCACGUCCAUCCAGGAGACGGGCGACCUGUUGAUGGUACUGACCUACAUCGUCUCCCUGGCCUGUCACAGCCUCAUCCUGGGACAGGUGAUCUACUACUGGGAUGCUACGGGCAAGCUCAAGAAACAGUGACCGGUCUGCUGGCGUCCACCACCGCCUGCGGGCUG